AUGACUAAAGAAGAGAAGCAUAUAAAAGGAGUUAGAAAUGUUCGCAUUUAUAUUCCAAUUAAUGGAUCGCAAACAAUUGAUUUCGGAUUUAAUGUUCGAAAUGUUUUUGCAUUUUCCCUGAAAAGUGAUAAACUUAAUGAGCGACCGAUAAUUCUUAUUCGAAAUGGACGCUUAUCUCGAGAAGGG